GUGAGGCAGAGUGAAUUUGAAAGCGUACUUAUAAAAUAAAAUAAAAUACAAGAAUUUGAUCCAUCCACUUCAGUCACCAUCCAUCCCCAUGGACCCCGAUUCAUCUUCUCUCUCUGCAUAAAUUUUCCACCUCAUCUUUUUAAGUGGUUAGAUUGUAGUAAUCAUGGUAUUGCUUCCUUACUCUGGUGUUGAAAAUGCUGAGGAAUCAGAUUGUUCUAAUAAGCCAAAUCAAGGAACAGCUUAUGCAUACUCUGGAGAACUUAUUUGUGUUCAAAAUAAGGAAUACUUAGUAUUUGAAGAUGAUAAAAUGAAUGAACCUGGUUUAACAUCUGAGAACACUCCCUCAACUGUGGAAAUGAUUGAAAGUGAAUCACCAAACAACAAUAGAGUGUCAUUUUUCAAAUGGUUGGCGAAGGAUGAGCCUACGGCAGUGUGGUUCAAGUGGAGAGGGGAAUGGCAGGCAGGCAUCAAAUGUGGAAGGGCAGACUGGUCAUUAUCAGCUUUGAAAUCAAAACCAAGUUCUGACCAGAUGAAAUAUGUUCUGAUUUUUUCUUUAGACACAAGGGAUUUGUCUUGGGCUGAUAUACUUAAUGUUGAAUCAAUUGAUAAGUUUCCUCAGCCUAUACCAUACAAAACUCAUGAGGAAGGAUUGCAAAUGGUAAAAGACUUGACUAUUGCACGACGCUUUCAAAUGCAAAAGCUAGCUGUCGACAUGCUGAGCAUUGUUGAUCAGUUUCAUUCUAAUGCUUUGGUCGAAACAGCUCGCGAUGUGAUGGUUUGGAAGCAGUUUGCUAUGGAGGCUUCUCAUUGUCAUGGUUAUUCAGAUCUUGGAAGAAUGCUUCAAAGCCUGCAAAAUAGCAUAUUGCAGAACUACAUAAAGGCUGAUUGGAUACUGUAUUCGUAUAAGUCUUGGGCUGAACGAUGCAAGAAUGCAAAUAGUGCUAUAUUAGUAGAGCUGCUGAAGGAGGAAUUGUAUGUUUCAAUUUUGUGGAAUGAUGUCAACAAUCUCUGGGAUGCUGCACUGGCACAACCAAAAUUAGGUUCUGAGUGGAAAGCAUGGAAGAAUGAUGUAAUGAAAUGGUUUUCCAUAUUUCCAUCCUUUUCUAGGAACAAGGACAUGAUGCAGCAGGAUGCUUCUAAUGGUUUGCACCAAGUAAGCCUUCAGGUUUGCCGAAAAAGGCCUAAACUCACAGUUCGUCGUGCAGAUACACUUCCUUCAAUGGUUGACUCAUUGAGUGCAUUAGCAGCUGUUAAUUCUGAACUGGAAGAUAUUGUGGAGGUACCUGUGUUAACUGAUAUACCUGGUAAUUUGAACACUCAUUGGAAGGAAAUCGUAGUUGAGCCGACAUAUUCUGAGAUCAUGCUAAGCAAUGGAACAGAAUCAAGGCCUAUGGAGGAAAUUCCUGUUCAAAAUGUUGUAGAAUCUGGUACCGAGAAUCAACAAUGUCAAGCACAUAUCGAAGUGACGGGAAGGCCGGACGUGAGACCGGUUGUUGGUGGUGAUGAAAUGGCUGUUCCAAAAUUUGUAGAAUCUGGUAAUAAGAAUGCACAAUGUCAAGCGUAUAUCGAAGCCAAGGGAAGACAGUGCGUAAGACCUGUAGUUGGUGGUGAUAUAUACUGUUGUGUGCAUUUCUCGGAGCGGGUUUUAGGCGGUUCGAGAAAAACUGAAAGACCUGUUACAAUUGUUACUCCAAUAUGUAGUGGUACAACUAUUGCCGGUACUAGAUGUAAGCAUCAUUCACUUCCCGGUUUCUUGUUCUGUAAGAAACACCAAAACGAGACCUCAAAUUCAAGCCAUAAUACACUGAAGAGGAAAAUUGAUGAAAGUUGCAGUGGUUCAAAUGGUUUGAUCUGCAAAGACAAUGUGUUGGUAAAUGAUGGAAGUCCAUUGCAAAUUGAUUCGGUGUCCGACGAUGAUGAUUCUUUCUCCGGAAGAAACAACUUAGGUGAGUUGCUCAUGCUGUCUGGAAAUGAUUAUCAUGUAAUGGAGGCUCUUCAAUGUAUAGGCUCUCCUCACUAUGGUAAUGGUAAUGAAGAUUCUUGUUUUGAAGCACCAAAAUGGUAUUCCUUAUACUGCGAAAAGCACUUACCAAACUGGCUUAAGAAUGCAACAAAUGGGAAGAGUAGGAUAAUAUCAAAUGAAGUGUUCACUGAUAACUUAACUGGCUGUUCCUCUCUGGAGCAAAAGGUGCAUCUGCAUAAAGCGUGCAUGAUUUUUUACAAACUAUUCAGAAGCAUUUUGUCACAAAAAAACCUCGAAUCUAACGAAGCUCGAUUCCAAUGGGCUUUGGCUGAAGCCUCAAAAGAGACUAGUGUUGGAGACUUUUUUUAUAAGUUGGUUCAUAGUGAAAAGGAGAGGAUUAAAUUGACUUGGGGAUUCGAUGGCGACGUGAAUGCAACCUCGCUCAUGGAAGGACUAUCUCGCCUUCGUUCGGCCUCAAUGAAUGAUAAUGCGAUCAAGUGUAAGAUCUGCUUUGCAGAAUUUUCUGAUGAUCAAACACUUUGUAACCAUUGGAUGGAAAAUCAUAAAAAGGAAGCAGAGUGGCUAUUCAGAGGUUAUGCUUGUGCAAUUUGUUUGGAUUCCUUUGCCAACAAGAAACUACUGGAAUCACAUGUUAAGGAAAGACACCGUGUCGAGUUUGUUGAACAAUGCUUGCUUUUCCUAUGUAUUCCUUGUGGUGGUCAUUUUGGAAAUAUGGAGGAAUUAUUGUUGCAUGUUGUGUCAGCCCAUCCUGUUGAAUUUAAGCCAUCGAAAGCUCAUCCUAGUCCCGAGCGGCAAACUUUGUCUACCAGUGAUGAUUCUCUCGAACUCAUUGAGCAGGGAAAUGAAGCUCCUUUGGACAAUAACAAUUCUGAGAAUCAGGACAGUUUGCGGAAGUUUUGCUGCAGGUUUUGUGGGAUGAAAUUUAAUUUACUACCUGAUCUCGGUCGCCAUCAUCAAGCUACUCAUAUGGAUCGCAAUUUAGCUAGCAGGCGCUUGGCAAGGAGAGAAGUCCGUCAUUAUGCUCACCGAUUGAAAUCGGGCCGAAUCAGCCAUCCUAAAUUUAAAAAAGGUUUGUCAGAAGCAUCAUAUAGGGGGAUCAGGAAUAGGGCUAAUGCGAAUUUGAAGAGAAAAAAUAAGGAAACAAGGUUACUUGAGGUAGGGGAAACAUCCACGCAGCCUCAUGUAAACGAGACAGAAAAUAUCGGUCACCCAGAAGACUGUAAAUACUCACUAAUUGUAAAGAUUUUGCUUUCUGAGAUUCAUAAGAUUAAACCUCGGCCGAACAAUAUUGAUAUUUUAUCAAUUGCUCGCUCUUCAUGCUGCAAAGUCAAUCUUAAAGCCUCACUAGAGGAAAAUUUUGGAACAUUCCCUGAAAGUUUCUAUGCGAGGGCUGCAAAACUUUGCAGUGAGAAUGGUAUUCAAGUGAAUUGGCAUCAGAAAGAGUUUAUUUGUCUAAGAGGUUGUAAUGCAUCGAACGAUGAAAAUCUGAUCCCUCGGUUAGCAUUACCUUCUAAUGACCAGAUGAUGCAAAAUUCUGUAAAUAUAUCGGAUAUUGCAAUCAAUGAGUUGGAGAAAAACGAGUUUCACUGCAUCGUAAAUAUGCACACUUUAAAAUUUGGUUCACUGCAAAAUGAUAUAGUAUUAUGCGAUGACAUAAGCUUUGGGAAGGAAUCAACUCCAGUAAUUUGUGUAUUAGAUCAAGAAAUUCUUAAUUCUCUUUUUGAGCAAGAUGUAAGUCUUUCUAUGCCUUGGGAGAGCUUCACCUAUGUUACGAAACCGAUGCUUGAUCGAUCACUCACUCUUUAUUCUCAGAGUCUGCAUCUGAGAUGCUCUUGCUCAUCUUCGACCUGCUGUCAUGAAACGUGUGAUCACAUAUAUCUUUUUGAUAAUGAUUAUGAUGAUGCAAAAGACAUAUUCGGGAAACCGAUGCGUGGAAGGUUCCCAUACAAUGAAAAUGGUCGAAUCAUAUUGGAGGAAGGUUAUCUUGUGUACGAAUGUAACCACAUGUGCAAAUGCGAUAAAACCUGUCCAAACCGAAUAUUGCAGAAUGGAGUUCAGGUUAAAUUGGAAGUCUUUAAAACAGAGAAAAAGGGAUGGGCUGUAAGGGCUGGCGAGGCUAUUCCGCACGGCACAUUUGUGUGCGAGUUCAUUGGAGAAGUUAUAGGAGAGCAAGAGGCACUGAAAAGAUGCGAAAGAUAUGGAAAAGAACAUUGCAGUUAUUUGUAUGACAUUGAUGCUCAUGUUAAUGAUAUCGGUAGAUUGAUCGGAGAACAAGCUCGAUAUGUCAUCGAUUCUACUACAUAUGGAAAUGUGUCUAGGUUCAUCAAUAACAGCUGUUCACCCAAUCUUGUCAAUUACCAAGUUCUUGUAGAGAGCAUGGAUUGUGAGCGCUCACAUAUCGGUCUUUAUGCGAGUCGAGAUAUUGCUUUGGGUGAAGAGUUGACAUACAAUUAUCACUAUGAGCUUGUACCCGGAGAAGGAUCGCCUUGUCUUUGUGGAUCUUCGAAGUGUCGCGGACGCCUGUACUAGAGAACCUCGACAUUCUUUCUGUUGUAAUAGUAUUUUCCAGACUGCACAUUUGAUGGAAUAAGUUAUUUGAUCAACAUUUAAACUAACCAAUAUGAAAAUAAUGCAUGUGCAACAUUGAACAGUUUGAUCAUUUUUAUUUUUAGCUUAGCGCGCUUUUAUGCGUGUGUAACAUUGAAACAUGUCAAACUUUUCAUUGAAGCAGACAACCUUUGUGAAGCCAA